AUGUCCGUUGUAUUCCUUAGCACUGGGCCUCCGACGGUCUCCGCCGAGCAGCUUCGAGCGAUCGCGAAGUCGUACGACGUCGUAGUCGAUGCGCAUGAAGAAGAGCAUUAUCGGCAUCUCCUCAACGGGCUGGAUGCGACAUCCCAACUCGUCGAAGCGCUCCCAGCGUACACGGAUCCGCGUCUUCUCCCUGACUCGUCAACGCUGCCUCGCACAUACGAGAGACUUGCCGGCAAUGCGGAGAAAAACCCGCUGAAUACAUGGAGUCAUCGCACCAGCAUAACUGAUCCGAAGCCACUCGAUAAGCGGUUGGAGGGCAGGACGAUUGUAGUCAAGGACAAUGUAUCGAUAGCUGGGGUGCCGCUAACAGGUGGUACAUUCCCCGAGCUGUUAACGGGCAAGACAGAAUAUCCGAUUCCGCAGAUCGACGCCGUGGUCGUGAAGCGGGUACUCGAGAGCGGAGGUGUCCUGAAGGGCUCCGCAAACUGCGAACACUUCUCCAUGUCUCCCCUCUCCUUCACAUCCGCCAGCGGACCUGUGCAUAAUGUGUGGUUGAAAGGGUAUACCACGGGUGGGAGUUCUAGCGGAUGCGCUGCAACCGUUGCUGCGACACAAGCCCGCACCUGGAGGAAGAAGCAUGGCCUGCCGCCGAAUGAUGAAGAGCUGGGCGAAAGCGUGGACAUGGCGAUCGGCGGUGAUCAAGGUGGCUCCAUCAGGAUCCCCGCAGCGUAUGCUGGGAUAUAUGGGUUUAAGGCGACGCAUGGCCUCGUUCCCUACAGCGGCAUCAUUAGUCUGGUUCCAUUUAUAGACCACACGGGACCGAUGACGACCACGCUGGUGGACAACGCGUUGCUGCUCUCCGUGCUCGUGGGCUACGAUGGGAUGGAUCCUAGAUGCACACCAGAGACACCUCUUCGCGCCAACGUUCCGGACUAUUGUGGCCUGCUGGAAGCGUGGAAAGCGGAAAAGGAGUCAAACGGCGAGUGGACGCCUCAAGCCGCAGGGCGGGGGCUGCGGGUUGGUGUUCUCAAAGAGGGUCUUGAGGUCGUCGGCUUAUCAGACGAAGUGAAGGCGGUGAUCUCAGCCGCAAUCGCGCGGUUUAAAGCCGUGGGCGCGGAUGUCCAGGAAGUCUCCAUACCAAUGCACGUCCUCGGCCCGUCGAUCUGGACGGUCGUAACGCGGCCAUUCAUCACGUCGAAUGGCCUACAGAACCGAGCCACCCCUUUUUUAGGGUACGCCAUGCCCGAUAUUACGCCUCCCGUCUUCGACCAGAAAGCGUACGAGGUGCUCAACAAGCACAACCCGGCGGUCGUGAACAUGUUCUUCAACUCAGCGUUUAUGAAUGCGAAGCCGGACGCCAACCAGCAGUUAGCAAAGGCGAUGGGCCUUGUCCAGCAGCUGAGAGAUGUGUACGACGAAGCGCUGACGGACUUUGAUGUGUUGCUAACGCCUGUCAAUCCGAGAGUUGGGAGUAAGCAUCCGGAGUAUGCUAUGGAUGUCGAAAAGAAGAUGGAGCCGGCGAUUGGGGCUACGUUGAAUACGUGCCAGUUCAACGUCACAGGGCAUCCUGCGCUCUCGAUGCCCGCGGGUUGGGGUAAGGUGUCCGAUGGACCGGGAAUGCUGCCCGUCGGCAUGCAGCUGGUUGGGAAGAGGUUCGAUGAGAUGAGCAUCUUCAAGGCGGCAGCGGCUUGGGAGGUCGGUGGCAAGGGCCUGGACAGGUGGAAUGGGCAGUUGAACUAGAGGAUUCGGGGGAUAGAAGUGUAGAAAUUAGGCUUUCCGCGGUCGCAUUUUUAG